GUUGCCUUAGUAACAUUGCCCUAGAUAUAAUCAGGGAGGAGGUGUCAUGUUAGCAGCACCGGCACCGGCACCGCAGGCAGAAAGGCUUUGAGCAACAAUGGAAGUAUCAUCCGAGCGUUGGAAGGAAGCAAGCAUCCACUCAAUAAAACUUGCACAGACAAUCAUCAACAGGAGCGAUGAGGGAGUUGUAGAUGGUCGAAUGACAGAUCCAUUGCCACUUCUGAGGGAUGCUUGUGUGCAAGAAAGCAACACUCGCAUCUUUGCUCUCAUGAGAUCAACAAGAGAUGUGGUCAUUAAACUCAGAAAAAGCCUUGUUGCAACAAAUGACGAGAUUAAAUCGCUAAAUCGAAGCAAGGAAACUUUGGAGAAAGCACUGGAGCACAAGCGAAAAGACUUGGUGCUCAAUCUGGACUCAACAGAUAUUCGAAGCUGUCGACCCUCCAGAGAAAAGGAUACAGACUGCGCUGAUCAACUGUUGCAUGCAGAGCGUUCACACCUUCUUUCCUUGAAGAGAUCCCUUGAAGCCCAGUUAAACAAGGUUCAAAUUCAAUUGCAGCAACUUAACAAAGCUCGAGCACAACUAACUGCUUCGAUCCAAGAGAGAUCUCGAGUUACCGACCUUCUCUGCCAGUCUAUGACUCCAUCAAGUCAGAUUCAGAGCCAGCCAUCUUCAACUUCUAUGAGACCAUCUAGUGCAAGACAGACGUGGAAUAGCAAAGUCCACAGUGGACACUCUUUGAGGAGCUCCCGGUCUCAGUCGGUUGUUAGUCAUGGCUGCCAGUCUUCACGAGGACGGUCUAGUGCGACACCAAGGAAGCAUCACUCCAAAUCACUGUCUGCACCCACUGUGAGCACUAGUGCUACAGUGGGUAGUUAUGGUUUGGGUGGUACAACAGGGGCAGGUGCUGAAGCUCUAACUCCUGAUGCACAUCAUUCCAUGAAGAUGGCUGCAGAUGAUAUUAGCACCAGUCAGUCUAUUCGUAAGGAAGUGAUUAAUGCAAUAGAUCAUACUGAUCGCCUGCAGAAGGCUGCACACUCUUCUGUUAAUGAAGGUCUUACAAGAAAAUUGGCACAGACAGUAACCAUGUCGCAACAUCUGCAAUUGAAUGCUGGAGAAACUACUUUGGCGAAGCAAAAAGCUCAGAGGUACUACAAUGCCCAGGAGAGAGCACUUGGCUAUAUUUUGGGUCCUGUUUCCUCGUCGGACGUCACAACAAGAGAACGUUUAGACCGACCAGUGGUUCGGGUUUAUCAGAGACAUGCUGGAACUGAUUUACCCGAGGCCGCCCAUCUUGUACAGGCCAGUGGAAUGUACUAUGAUUCCAUGGAGACCACACGCAAGAAUAUGGCACUACUAAAGCUUGCAAGCAAAAGGCUUCGUGAUGACAUCGGUGAUAAAAAGACCGCUACCCUAAUUGAUUCUGAUGCUGUGAGACUCAGGAGAAGGAAAUCUGAUCACAAAUGGGUUCUCAAAGGAAAUGCAUACCCUCUGAAACUACCAGACUGUCAUACUAGAGUUAGAGCAUUGACAACUUAGUGACAUUUGUAAUAAAUUAUGAUUCUUUGCACAAAGUGCAUAUAGUAAAGUUGAACACUUAGCUAUAGGUAAAUAAUUAUGUAAUAGAAGGAAUGAUAAAGAUAUAAUUAUGUCUAACUUA